AUGGGUGAGGUCAAUCUUCUCCAAAAGAUGCGCCACCCAAUGAUCAUUGGAUAUUAUUCGUAUUUUAAAUUUGAUAAUACGCUGUAUAUCGCGAUGCAAUACGCAGAAGGGGGAACAAUGGAGAAAAUGAUCCACGAUCAACGCGCAACCGGCCAGCAUUUCCCCGAAUCCACCGUUAUCGAUUAUUUUACGCAGAUCCUGAUCGCCCUCAACCACAUGCACAGCCGCAAUAUCGUACACCGCGAUCUGAAAACGCAGAAUAUCCUACUGAAUCGCAAAAAGACGCUGGUGAAAUUGUCGGAUUUCGGCAUUUCCAAGGAGUUGACAACUCGAUCUGUGGCGACAACUGUAAUUGGCACACCACAUUAUUUGAGUCCAGAGAUUUGUGAAGGCCGCGCCUACAAUCAAAAAUCGGACGUCUGGUCGCUGGGAUGUGUUCUUUACGAGCUUCUCGAGCUGAAACGAGCGUUUGAUGGGGACAAUCUACCGUCGUUGGUCAUGAAAAUUAUGAAGUGUUCCUACACGCCGAUUGGGAAGCACGCGACAAAAGAAGUAUGCACGCUGGUGGCCAGCCUACUUGGCCUCAAUUCGUUUACGAGGCCUAGCGUUGAAGAACUCCUCACGUACCCCCUAAUUCUUCCAUACACCCUGCGUAUCCACACGGACACGGGUCGAGUGGCCGCCCCGGAGAUGCACAAGCGCCGACCCGGUUCUGUAGUGGGCGGAAGGUUGCGGAUCAGCCCGUCGGCCCAGUCGAUGCGUCCACCCGAGCGGAAUGCGCGUCCGGCUUCCGCCCUAGUCACGAAUACGCUACGCCCGAAAAUGGACGACGACGACGGGAUGGAGAAGUUUUCGGUCAACGACGCCGACCUUGACUUCGCGAUGAACCCCGGGAAAUAUCGUCGGCGUCAAACGAAAGAGCAAGCGGCGCUAGGGAUUUGGGCCGGCGGCUCGUCGGACGAGGAUGAGGAUGCGCGACCGGCUUUCGGAAAGAAGCGCCCAAAUUACAACGCGCCGGUGAACUUUGUGAGCGGCGGCAUCAAGGUGGGCAACAAGAUCGAGCGCGAGGACGGUGCGGGUCCGUCGACCAACAAUAUGGGGCUGAAGAUCGAAGAGGAUGCUCCGAUCGAGCUCAACUUCAACAAGAAGCAAAAGUCCGCGCCGCCGCCGCAGAAGAAACAAAAAGGGGCCAAUGUGUUUGCCGGCAUGCGCUCCUCGAAUGUCAGUUCCACCGUCGACAGCGCGCAAAUGGACGACUGGCUGACGAAGUCCGGAAAGGGGAAUGUCUUGCAGAAUAUGAUGAAGAAAAUGGGCUGGGAAGAAGGCAAAGGUCUCGGCAAGCAGAAGCAGGGCAUCACCGAGCCGGUCCAAGCGGCGCUACGACCGGGGCGAGGUGCCGUCGGCGCGUACGGGAAGGAGGUCAGCUCUGCGGGCCCCAGAUUUGGAGAAAGCCCCGCCGAUGCCCAAAAGCGGAUCGCCAGUGAGGCGGCGGCCGCUGCACAAGCCGACGGCGUCCGCCCUUUGGCCCCAGCACCCCCAAAAGGCACUUGGAAGAAGACCACAAAGGUCAAAACCGUCUACAGGACGGUCGACGACGUGAUCAACGACGGCGGCAGCAUCCGUGCCCUCAAGGGGACCUCCGUUUCAAAGGUCAUCGACAUGACCGGCCCCGAGCAGCGCGUCUACAGCGGCUACGACGCAUUUGCCCUCAAGACCAAAGCCGAAGCGGAAGACGAGCCGCGCGGGCGCUUCGACGUCCCGGAGUUGACGCACAACAUCAACUUGCUGCUCGACUUGACCGAAGAGGACAUCCGGCGAACAAAUCAUCAACUCGGGGUUCUAAAGGACUCGACCGUGGCCCUCGAGCACGACUACGACCGCGCCAAGGAGGAGAUGGACCGGGCCCAGGGCGACUACGACCGGAUGAAGAGCGUGUUCAACUUGCUGGAUGACUUCUCCAGCAAGCCCAAGCCAUCCAUGAUUGAGUGCGAGAAGCUGUUCGAGCGGCUGCGCUCCGAAUUCCCGAUGGAAUAUCGGCUCUACCAGCUCGACGCCGCCGCCGUGCCCCUCGUCUUGCCACUCAUCCAAGCCUUCUUCGCCCGCUGGCGACCCCUCGAGCCCGACCAGACGACGCAGGGCAUCGAAAUGAUGAGGCGUUGGCGGGAGACCCUCGCCACGUCCGACACCAAGAUGUUCCCGGCUCAGGCUGUGGCUAUGGAUAAAUUGGCCGCCUUCGAUCGACUGAUGUGGGACGGGUGGAUGCCGGCGAUUCGGAGAGCCGUGCUACAAUGGGAGCCCCGGACACAGCAUCACCAACUAAUCGAGGUCGUCGAACACUGGCUGCCGAUAAUGCCCAAUUGGAUGAAGGAGAAUUUGCUGGAUAGGAUCAUCGUCCCGAAAAUCGAACAGACCGCGCAGCAGUGGAACCCGCUGACCGAUCCAGUACCCAUCCACUCGUGGCUAAUCCCGUGGCUCGACAUCAUGGGCGACAGGCUGGUGCCCGUCUUCGCCCCGAUUCGACAGGCACUCGCCCACGCGCUGAAGAUGUGGACCCCGCUCGACCCUGGUGCCCUCGUGAUGCUAACGCCGUGGAAGGGCGUCUGGGCCCAGGGGACCAUGUCGGCUUUUUGUAAUAUGAACAUCGUCCCGGCGCUGGAGAAGAUGUUCGUCACGAUGAACCUGAAUCCUGUCGACAAUCCGACAUGCCCCGAGUUUGGCGCGGUGCUUCAAUGGCGGAAGCUGAUCAACGACGACAUACUGGUCAACAUCAUCAAUCGCUACUUCUUCCCGAGGUGGUUCGACCAAGUGUGCGCGUGGCUAGACAGCGCCCCCGGCGACCGCGCCGUGGUCAACGACGUCCUGUCGUGGUACAACGAGUGGAAGGGCCGAUUCCCGCAAGAUCUCGUCGACAAGUUCCCGACAAUAACCGAGAACCUGAAGCGCGCGAUGGUGGCCAUCCACGCGUCUUCGCAGGGCCGACGCGUCGGAGGUGCACCCGCUCAGCCAAUCCACCAGACUCCUCCGCCUCCGCCACCCCCGAUGCCCGUCCGCCCGCCGCCAAUGCCAGCGAUGCCAACUGUACAACUGACGCUACGCGAGAUACUGGAGCGGGAAGCCGGCGCCUACGACAUCACGUUCACGCCGCAGCCGGGGCGCCAAAAGGACGGGCACCAGGUCUUCUGGUUCGGCACGCUGUCGAUUUACAUCAGCGCGGGCGUCGUCUACAUGUAUGAUCCGGCGAAUUUUGAGUGGUACCCGACGACCAUACAACGGCUCCUCCAAUACAACAACGCCGUCGCA